GACUUGAGCAGCCGGAAGCGAGCAUGGCGGCCGUGGGGGCCGCAGCUACAGAUAUAGAGGUGAUCCGGGGCAAGCGCGCCGCCCUCUUCUUCGCUGCGGUGGCCAUCCUACUGGGGCUGCCGCUCUGGUGGAAGACCACGGAGACUUACCGGGCCCCGUUGCCCUACUCCCAGAUCAGUGAACUGAAUGCCCUGCAGCUCCGGCUCAUGGUGCCCGUCACUGUCGUUUUUACCCGGGAGUCAGUUCCCCUGGAUGACCAGGAGAAAUUACCCUUCACAGUUGUGCAUGAGAGAGAGAUCCCGCUGAAAUACAAAAUGAAAAUCAAAUGCCGUUUCCAGAAGGCCUAUCGGAGGGCUUUGGACCAUGAGGAGGAGGCCCUGUCAUUGGGCACUGUGCAAGAAGCCGAAGCCGUGUUAGCCGAGCCACAGGAGCAACCGGAGGGAUCCCUGACUGUGUACGUCAUCUCCGAACACUCCUCACUCCUUCCCCAGGACAUGAUGAGCUACAUUGGGCCCAAGAGGACAGCAGUUGUGCGGGGGCUGAUGCACCAGGAGGCCUUUAACAUCAUUGGCCGUCGCGUUGUCCAGCUAGCUCAGGCCAUGUCUUUGACUGAGGAUGUGCUUGCUACUGCCCUGGCUGACCACCUUCCAGAAGACAAGUGGAGCUCAGAUAAGAGGCGGCCUCUCAAGUCAAGCUUGGGCUAUGAGAUCACCUUCAGUUUACUCAACCCAGACCCCAAGUCCCAUGACGUCCACUGGGACAUUGAGGGGGCCGUCCAGCGCUAUGUGCAGCCCUUCCUGAAUGCCCUCAGUGCUGCCGGCAACUUCUCCGUGGACUCUCAGAUCCUUUACUAUGCAAUGUUGGGGGUAAACCCCCGCUUUGACCCAGCUUCCUCCAGCUACUACCUGGCUGCUCACAGCCUCCCCCACGUCAUCAAUCCGGUGGAGUCCCGGCUGGGAUCCGGUGCAGCUUCUCUUUACCCGGUGCUCAACUUCCUACUCUACGUGCCUGAGCUUGCCCACUCUCCACUCUACAUUCAGGACAAGGACGGGGCUCCAGUGGCCACCAACGCCUUCCACAGUCCCCGCUGGGGUGGCAUUAUGAUAUACAACGUCGAUCCCAAAGCCUACAACGCCUCAGAGCUGCCUGUGAACGUGGAGGUGGACAUGGUGCGGGUGAUGGAGGUGUUCCUGGCUCAGCUGAGGCUGCUCUUUGGGAUUGCUCAGCCCCAGGUGCCUCCGAAAUGUCUGCUUUCUGGGCCUAGGAGUGAAGGGCUAAUGACCUGGGAGCUGGACCGGCUGCUCUGGGCUCGGUCAGUGGAGAACCUGGCCACAGCCACUACCACCCUCACCUCCCUGGCUCAGCUUCUGGGCAAGAUCAGCAACAUUGUCAUCAAGGAUGACGUGGCAUCUGAGGUAUACAGAGCAGUAGCUGCAGUCCAGAAGGCGGCAGAGGAGUUGGCCUCUGGGCACCUGGCCUCUGCCUUCACUGCCAGCCAGGAGGCUGUGACGGCCUCAGAGCGCGCCUUUUUUGACCCCUCACUCCUCCACCUCCUCUACUUCCCCGACGACCAGAAGUUUGCCAUCUACAUCCCCCUCUUCUUGCCCAUGGCUGUGCCCAUCCUCCUGUCCCUGGCCAAGAUCUUCUUGGAGAUCCGCAAGUCCUGGAAGAAGCCUGAGAAGAUAGACUGAACAGGGCAGCAUCUCAGGAGGGACUCUUCCUUCCUGGCCAGGGUGGGAGGUGUUAGACAGAGAGGCACACAAAUCUGGCCUGCCAGGAAUGACUUGUUUGUCUCUAGCCACCUCCAUUGCCUCUCCAGCAACCAAAGUACAACACUCCAAGAUGGGUUCACCUCUCCUUCUCUUCCCAUUUCCCUGGUUCCAUUUUCCCCCAUCACCCCACUCCUCCAAAGGUGGCAUCAUCUGGAUCUCCGUAUCUGACUUGAACUUGAAGGCCCCUGCCUACCUCUUUCUGGGCCAGGGGCAGCUUGUGCCUCUGCCCUGUUUCUUGACAUAGCACACUCCUCUGGUGCCAAAGAAGGCAGCAUUAGGGGAAGGCCCUGGGUUCCUGGGUGGGCUCCCCCCCCCCCACCCUUCUCUGAUCCCUUGGGGAGAGCUGUAAUGGAAGGGGUCAGGCACAGGUCGCCUCUGAGGGCUUCUCCCUCCUGGCUGGCCAUGCCUCUUGGUACAGCCUGAUGGGAGUCCAGCAGGCAGCAGCUGAGGACCUAGUGCUGUGUGUGUGGCAGAGGUUCCAUUCACCUCUCAGAAAGGCAGUGUGGUACAGUGGGGAAAGUUCCAGACUUGGAAUCAGACAAGCCUGAAUUCAAACCCUUGCUUCUGCACUUAUCAUCUGUGGAACUUUGGAUAAGCCCCUUAAUCUCUCUGAGCCUCAGUUCUUCACCUGUUAAAUGGCACUAAUGAUACCUCCCUUGCAAGGUGGUUUUGAGGACUCAACGAGGAAAGUAUCUGGCUCAUAGUAGGCUCUCAAUAAACACUGGUUGAAUAUGAAUUGGAA